CACUUGGACAAAUAGAUCAACGCACCCACUCUGGUCUCAUCCAUAGACACCAUGUUUAUACAAAGAGUUCUGUUUUUAAUAGGGCUGGCUGCACUUACCAGUUCAAACACGAUCCCUCUGUCAUCUCGUGUGCAUGAGGUAUUCGAAAAUAAUGAAGAUGAUAACCCUUUACUUAACUUGGGAGCAGAAGAAUCCUUGGUUGAAGGGGAUAUGCUUAUUCCGCCUGGACGGAAUGCCUUGAUUGACACUAAAUACAGAUGGAAGUUUCCCAUACCAUACAUUCUGUCAGAUGACUUGGAUUUGAAUGCCAAAGGUUGUGUCCAUCAGGCAUUUGAAAUGUACCGUCUGAAAUCCUGCAUCGACUUCAAACCCUAUGAAGGCGAGAAGACCUACAUCAAGUUUGAAAAGAGAGGGGGGUGUUUCUCCAGUGUUGGCGACCAGCAGAAUGGCCAGAUCCUGUCGCUCGGGACUGGCUGUGACCACAAGGCUGUGAUUGAACACGAGCUGCUGCAUGCUCUAGGCUUCUACCAUGAGCAGUCUCGCCAGGACAGGGACGAUUACGUCAAGAUCUGGCUGGACCAGGUCAUUCCAGGGAUGGAACAUAACUUCAACAAGUACGAUGAUUCUUUCAUCACAGACCAGAACACCCCGUACGAUUAUGAGUCCGUCAUGCACUACCGACCAUACUCUUUCAACGUGGACCCUGACAUUCCCACUGUCACCACCAACAUUCCAGAGUUUAACAACAUCAUUGGCCAGUAUCUGGACUUCAGUAAGCUGGACAUGCUGAGGUUGAACAGGAUGUACAACUGCUCGGCCCCACUGACUCUACUGGACCAGUGCUCAUUUGAGUACAUCAACAUCUGUGGGAUGAUUCAGAGCUCCACUGAUGAUGCAGACUGGGUCCACACUAAGAGCAGCCCAGGGAAUGAGGAUCACACUCUCACUGGUCAAUGCAGAGAUGCAGGUUACUUCAUGCACUUCAACACACAGACUGGCAAGGCAGAGGAGUCAGCUCUGUUAGAGUCUCGCAUACUUUAUCCCAAAAGACACCUACAGUGUCUGCAAUUCUUCUACAAGAUAACCGGUGGACCAAAGGACAGGCUCGUGGUUUGGGUCAAGAUGGACGACGGAACCGGGACAAUUCGCAAACUGAAGAAAAUGCACACCAUCUCAGGAGAUGCUGACCACGCGUGGAGGAUUGUCCACGUCCCCAUGGAGAUCGGGAAGAAGUUCCGCUACGUCUUCCAAGGUGUCCGAGGGGAUCCAGCCAAAUCCGGGGGAGGAAUCUUCAUCGACGAUAUCAGCCUGACGGAGACUCGCUGUCCCAAUGCCGUCUGGCAGAUCAAGAACUUCACAGGAAUCCUCAACACUGCAGACAGAACCAGCGUGAUCGACAGUCCUGUCUUCUUCAGCCCAGAGGGCUAUGGUUACGGAGUGCGCCUUCUGCCCAUCUCUAAUUACACUGACUACACCGGUGGCUACACUGGGAUCUACUUCCACCUGGCCAGUGGGGAUAACGAUGCGGUCUUGCAGUGGCCAGUCCUGAACCGCCAGGCUACAAUCGUGGUCAUGGACCAAGAUCCCGACAUCAAACUGCGGAUGUCCUCUGCGCGUAGUCUGACCACAGACCUGUUAAAGACUCCAGAUGGAAAGCUGUGGUGGGAUAGACCAUCCAAGGUGGGGACGUACGACCCUGGGUGCAACUGCUACAGGGGAACGUCGCGGGGAUGGCAAAACAUGAUCAAGCACUAUGACUUGCGACGACGAAACUACCUGAAAAACGACGACCUUAUAAUCUUUGUUGACUUUGAAGACAUAACGUCUCUGGUACAAUCUGAGGUUCCCGUCAUCCCAAAAUAUUGACAUGUUUUACUCAGAGGAGAACCAGCAGUCUUGAGGAUACGGACAGACUUAAGAAGUCAAAAGAAAAUAACAUCUCAAAACAUGUAAUGCAUCUGUAAUGUGUAAAGUAGAAAAUAGAAAAUAUUUUCUAUAAAUGUGGUUUGUAAAACCUUAUUAAACAAAAUUGUUUUGAAGCUUUUACAGUUAUUUUGAUAAAUUAUUGUUCUUCAGUUUCAUAAAUAAUGUUUUCUUCUGUUGUGGCAAAACAUGUAUCUUUUAUAAAAAUAUACAUGUUUUUUAUAACACAUAAUCAUUCAUACUGUACCUUAAGAACAUAUGACCUAAGUAAAACAUGGCCAUCUGCAUGUGGGACCAGAAAGUCUUAAUCUAUAAGAUACAAUAAAUACAUUAUUUGUGUAUUCUCUCACAAACUUAAAUCAUAAUGUAAAAUGUUUUAUUGUAGUCAUUACAAAUAUACUGAACAAAAAUAUAAACGCAACAUGCAACAAUGUCUAAGAUCUUACCUAGUUCCAGUUUAUAAUAUGAACUUCAUAAAUGGAAAUCAGUAAUUGGAGAAAAAAAAACCCCGCCCUAACCUAUGAAUUUCACAUGACUUGGAAUACAGAAGCAUGUGGAAUAUGUGCAAUAUGACUGUGUUUUAUUUCAUUUUAUUAAACAUCGGACCAAGACUUUA